CACUUCCUGGACUGCGGGCUCCGGCUUCUGUCGGGAGAGCGACAGGGAUUGUAAAUAUUCAGGUUUAUUUUUUAUUUACUUUUUAUAAUUAGUCUAUUUUUUACCUCCCACCACCCCCCUCCGGUCUCUCUGUAUAAUCAGCUCCGUUGUCUCACCGACGUCUCUUCGUAAAUAUGGUGGUGCUGAACAAUAAUAACAACAGCGGCGGGGAAGAAGAUUAUAUACUUGUCGAUGGCCCGGACCCUUCGUUGACGGGCUCACCUGCCAAGCGCAUCUCUCCUGCCAAGCGGAAGCAGUACUUUAUCAACAAGGCCAUUCGCAACUCGGACCUCAUCCCCAAGGCCAAGGGGCGGAAGAGCUUGAGGCGCCUUGAGAACACUCGCUACCUGACCAACCUGCUGGAGAGAGACGAGUGCUCUAAAGAUGAAGGAGAGACCGGCGAAGACCCUGCGUCCCCGUCAGUCUUCACUGAGGCCUGCACCAACGCUAAUUAUAUCCAGCUCUGGAACGACUUCAUGAACCGCUCCGGAGAGGAGCAGGAGAAGCUGCUGGGCCUCCUGGAGGAGGAGGCCAAGAGAAGUCGCAGAGCCAAGCUCCCCGAGAAAGAGAAGGACCAGCGAGAGGUGAAUCCGGCCUACAGCCCCCAGAGCUGCUUUCUGCGGAUCGACAGGAGGCUUCGCACCACGCUGAAACGCAAGCAGGUUCCCAUGGGGACUCUGGAAGUGCUGGAAGAAGAGUUGUUGAGUUUUUUCUCCGCUCAGCCCCACUCCGUUUACACCACAAAGCUCAGGAGCAGCUAUGAGAGACUGCUGCUUCAUGCUAUCUGUCAGUAUAUGGACCUUGUUUCAGCAAGCUGUGACUGUGACGGGACACGCCAGACGGAGGUGAUGAACAAGCAGGAAGAGUUCCUGCCGCCUGAGCUGCUGCUGUCUGCGUACCUGGAGAAGAUGAGCUGAGAGGAGGAGGUGGAGAGGGGCUGUGUCUCACAUCCAGCCCUGAUCUAAUCAACUGGGCAAAUAUACGGGGGGGGGGGGGGGGGCAGUUUGGGGUGCAUUUUAAAACAGGGGGAGGGAGUUGUCCCACAAAUUAGACCCAUAACUGCUCAGAUUGCCAAUACAUCAUCAGGGUGUAUGCAUACUAAAUAAGAAGUGUAUUAAAAAAAAUGUCAUAAAUGUAGGUUUUGAAAAUGUAAACUUUUACCCAGCAAUCCUGAAAUAAUAUGAACAAUGUUAAAAAGGUGUUAGAAUUAAAAUUUGAACGUUAUUUCCUUCUUACUAGGAUAGCCUUAGGCUAUGGUCCCUUACUGGAGAAACCAGGAGAAAUUAAGGGCUCAGACCUUGAAAACAACAUAGUGGCUGUUUGAAAUGCCUGGUCCUGAAAUUCCUGUUUAAACAUGAAAAAGAUUGGUCUCAAUUGUUAGUUUUCUCAUGAGACAACACAGUGAUUCAUGAUACUGUAUCACCAUGAAGAUACAGAUGAAAGCCUGCUGUUUUCACUGCGUUUAUGGGCUGUGGAAGAGUUCUAAAAAAAAAGUAGUAGAUGGGAUGGAUUUCCAAUUCUAGCAUGCAGAAAAUAAAAGUUAAAUCCAUCCACUUUUGCUGCGUUUUUGCCAGGGUGGGUCAAGUUAGCUUAACAAAAUGUAGGCAAGUAAACAUUUUAGCAGUUUUAGUGUAUACGCUUAACGAUGUUUUAAAAUCUGUUACUCCUUACAUGGUAGGAGUUCAUUUAAGCCCUAUUCCAUUUGCUUCUCUGACUGCUAAGAGUGCAUGUCUUUAUCCUUUAAUGUAUUUUAUUGUAUAUAUAUAUUUAUAUACGGAACUCUCGGGAGCUUUAUUUGCUUACUGCUGGUACAACACUGCCCUUUUGUCCACAUUCUUCAGCUUCCAAGGGCUGACGGGUCAGAAUGGCAGUGGACUUAACCUGCUUUGUUCUUUGGCUCUCCCUAAUGAUUACUUGUUUUAAUUUAUAAUGAAGUAUUUUAGUGUUGUGCCCUCCAGAUGUGGAAAUGCCGGUUGUGUGAUUUUUCACUUCUCGGCUCCGGGCUACAAGCCGGAGUCCGCACACGGGAGACGGAGGAAGCGUAGGCAGACUCCUUCGACCCGCCCACCUUUGGGCCAGUCUUUUAAGAGGGCGCAGGCAGCACAGACCCCUGUGGGGGGGUUCUGUGGCAACUGGAGGAGAGGUGUGCUUCCUUUAGGGACAGCACUGGAACUUCCCAUGAGGGCGCUGGGAUCAGAAUGUCUAUUAUAGCCGAAAGACGCUGACUGACUCGCACCCUGCUGUUGGCGCCACUCAGCCAACUGUGCACCUCCACUCGUGGAACCCAAGUCACAGUGACAUGACCCCAGCUCGAACCCGUUACCGUAGAGCUAGGCCAAUGCUCAGGUGAGCGCCUAAACCAAUUAAACCUCUUAGGGGGCUCCAACGACUAUUUUAACAAUCCUCCAAGAACAAGGAUUUCUUGGCGAAACACUCAGGACUUGCCUUGUGAGUCACAACAACAUACGAAUUUUCACAAUGCCAGCAUAUAAUCUGUUAUUUAUGUACUACAGGAAAACCAGUAAGGCAGCUCAUCCACAGACUUCUCCAGUUUUUUAUAGAAAUUGCAUAUAAUGGUGAAUGUAUAAGUCCUUUUGACUUGCAAGCUAGAAACAAAGCUCUUGUUGCUGGCUGGAGAUCCUAACGAACGUGGAAAAAUAACGGCAUACUUUAUAGAAAUCGCCGACGAUGAUUGACCUCACCAUUUUUAAAACAAUCUCUUAUGCGAUUAAAGAAAUAUGAAGAGUACCUUCAAGUAAUCAAUGUAAAAUCAUAGAAUUCUUCAGGAGAAUGAGAUAUUGACCCUGCCCAGGUAUUCUAGAUCACCACUGGCUCAAGGUGUUGAAACUUUUGUGCACACGUGUGUGUGUAUAUGUUGACAGUUGCGAUUGAACAUCUCAGGUGUGUUUGAAAUCUCUGUUAACUGCAGACCUUCGAUUAAUCUGAAUCGUAAUAAAGCUCUGCACAUUCCUUACAAAAGCUUUAGUGUAUGUUCAUAUACAGUGCAGCUCUCACGUUUUUACCUGAAAUCUGAGUUGGGCAGGGAGACUACAAUCCAUCUGAAAGUUAAUUUCACCUUCGCAUUUCUGGACAGCUGCUAGUUUUUUUAGCCUGACUAGCUACUCAUUUUUAGGUUAAGGGACUGGUGGGCUCUUAUGGGAGUACAACAGGUCAUUAUCAGACCACCUUCGAGGUGCACUUUUAAUUGAAAAUAAAGCAACCCAUGAAUGAAAGGAAUUCUUAAAUCGCCACAUUUGAGAAAUUCUGGCCUUGAUGCUGAAAAUCAUUAUGACGCAAAGGAGACAACGAGCACUUAGUCCGCUGGGUGAAGAUAUGAACUGUCCGUGUUUGAAGCUCAGCACAUUUUUUUAACCUGUUGACAAACCAUUGAUGUGCACUUGACGCCUUACAUACGCCUGUGGAUGUACCUGUAUAUAUGAGUUAUAUAUAUAUGUGUGUGUGUGUGUAUAUAUAUACAGUGUGUUCUCUUUGGUGCUGAGAUGAAGUUUGCUGCAUCAUCAUGUCUUCAGAAGGAAGCAUGGUGAAAGAACAUGACCUGGACAUAUUUCACUUGCCUUUUCUUUCACAUGACUACAGGUGCCAGAGAUGUAAAUUACCAAAGUUUUGUUUUUAUUCGGUGUGCGUGUUUUAAAUGUGUUCACCAAAGGUGAUUGGAAUUUGUGUCCAUCUUGUGGUUUUUUUUCCACAAUUUCCUGAAGUGACUGUUUUCCCCCUUGAUCCAUUGCUCACAGCAUUACGGUGGAGGCCUCUACCUGCCAGAUCAGUAGUGCUGGGUUUUCCCUGGGUUACAGUGCGAUUCAUUACUUUAACCCAUCUCAGUGCUUCUUGAAUUAUUCUUAAUUAAAUAAUGAAUGAUCUUCAUGUGAUUGUCUUUUAUUCAACUGUCUUGUUUUCAGAAAACGUAAAAUAUUGCAUCUCGCAUCUGGACCGCAUGAAGUUUAAUUCUCAUUCCUGUUUUAGGAUUGUAAUCCUUCGAUGUUGGGCACCAGCUGUGGAAAAAAUGGCUCUUGCCAGUGUUUGUCAACGUGUCUGUUUACACAGCAUCAACAGAAAACAAGUCAGACUGAAAUCUCACAUACAGUGAGGUGGAAAAUGAAUUUGCACUUGUCUUUUGGGCUGCCCCAGAACAUUAAGAACUGGACAGAUUUGGUUUGCUAAUCAUUACAAAUAAAAGGGCUCAUUCAUUCACAUUCAAUCUGCGCAAGGGGUUCAGGUGUAUAAUUUGGGUUAUGUUAAAAGUCUUUGUAUUCAAUAAAUGUGAGUACAUUUCUUUA